AUGGCUGAGCCAGGAGAAUUGGGCAAAUUUGAGGAGGAUGAAGGAUUUCCAUAUCUGGAAGUAAGUCGCGAGGAGAAAGCUCAAAAUGCUGCAAAACCCUUCGAUUCGAAGAAAAACUGUUGGAUUCCUGAUGCAGAAGACGGUUUUGUUGCCGCCGAAGUAAAAUCAUCAGCAGCCGAUAAAGUAACGGUGGUUACCGUAAAAGGCAACGAAAUAACACUGAAGAAAGAGGAAGUGCAAGAAAUGAACCCUCCAAAAUUCAGCAAAACUGAAGAUAUGGCGAAUUUAACAUUUUUGAACGAAGCUUCCGUGCUGAAUAACUUGAAAGAGCGAUACUUUUCCAUGAUGAUUUAUACAUACUCGGGCCUUUUCUGCGUCGUAAUCAAUCCGUACAAACGGCUGCCGAUAUACACAGAGAGCAUCAUCAGGCACUACAUGGGUAAAAGACGCAACGAAAUGCCGCCACAUUUGUUCGCUGUUUCCGACGAAGCGUAUCGAAAUAUUCUCAUUGAUCGUGAGAAUCAGUCGAUGCUGAUAACCGGUGAGUCCGGUGCUGGUAAAACGGAGAACACCAAAAAGGUCAUUGCAUACUUCGCAAUUGUGGGUGCCACGCAGCAGAAAAAAGAAGAGGGCAAAAAAGGGGGUACCCUCGAAGAACAAAUUGUGCAGACGAAUCCAGUGCUUGAGGCUUUUGGCAAUGCCAAAACAGUUCGAAACAACAAUUCAUCGCGUUUUGGCAAAUUCAUCCGAACUCACUUCUCCAAAGACGGCAAACUUGCUGGCGGAGACAUCGAGCAUUAUCUUUUGGAAAAGUCCCGAGUUGUGCGGCAAGCUCCUGGCGAACGCAGCUAUCAUAUAUUCUACCAGCUUAUGUCUGGAUAUCAUCCAAAAUUAAAAGAAGAACUACAUUUAAAUCACGAACUCAAAUACUAUCACUUCAGUUCCCAAGCCGAACUAACCAUUGAAGGCGUAGACGACAAGGAUGAAAUGCGUAUCACUCAGGCAAGCCUUUUACAUUUUCUUGAAGCCUUUGAUAUAAUGGGCUUCGAGGACCACGAAACUCACGAUUUAUAUUCAAAUGUAGCUGGCAUUAUGCACAUGGGCGAAAUGAAAUUCAAGCAGCGACCUCGCGAAGAGCAGGCAGAACCCGACGGAGACGAAGGUUGA